AGCCAAAAUUUACAGAUGGCAGCACUCGGUCGGCCUUUCAGCCUUGGGAUGCUGUACGACUGCCGCCAUGAAAAAUUCAUUCCUGGUAUGACAUUGUGGAACUAUGAUGACCUUGUAAAUUAUAUUGGAGAGAGUCCACAACAGCACAGUGAUUUUGAGAUAGUUGCAUCUGAAUCCAUUGAGGACAAAUCUUCAGCUCUAAAUGUUGAGGGAUCACUGAAGGCAAGUUUAUUUUUUGGACUCAUGAAGCUUGGAGGAUCGGCCAAAUACCUGUGUGAUAACAGGAUUUUCAAAAAUCAGGCCAGAGUGACACUGAAAUACGAAGCCACCACAAAGUUCCAGGAACUGUCAAUGAAUCACCUUGGAAAUAAAAAUGUCAAGUAUCCGGAUGUUUUUACGAAAGGAAUAGCAACACAUGUGGUCACAGCUAUUCUUUAUGGGGCACAAGCCUUCUUUGUCUUUGACCGUGAAGUGUCCGACAUGAUAAAUCGUGAGGAAGCUGAGGGCUUCAUGAGAGACAUGAUAAAGAAGAUUCCCUUCCUAAAGACUGAAGGUGACCUUUCCCUGAAAUUGGAGGAAAAAGACUUCAAAAAAGUUGAGGAAUUCUCCUGCAAAUUCCAUGGAGACUUUUUACUUGAGAAAACUCCUUCAACCUUUCAGGAUGCCAUACAAGUCUACCAAAGUCUGCCAAAAUUACUGGGAGCCAACGGGGAAAAUGCUGUACCAGUGAAGGUCUGGCUGUUGCCACUGACGAGUUUAGAUCCUUCUGCUGCUAAACUCGUGCGUGAGAUAAGUGCUGUGUCUGUAGAAGAAGUCCAGGCUGUCCUGGAGGAGUUCAGUGAGCUGGAAAUGAGGUGCAAUGAUAUACUGAGAGCCACUGAACAGCAGUUCCCACAGAUUGGCAAAAAGAUUGAAACCUUUAAAGAAGUGUUCUCAGAGUUCAGGAUUGAAUUCCACAGUAACCUGGCAAAGAAACUUCCAUCAAUCCGAGGAGGAGAAGAGAAAGAGGCUGUCGUCACAGAGAUCCUGAAGAAGAGACAUUCUUCCCUUUUCAACAGCAAAGACCUAAACGAGUGGAUGGACUGUAAAGAGAGAGAAAUCUGCAUCUUAAAGUCUUUCACCAACAUGAUGAAAAACACCAAGAUCGUUCCAUCUCAAAGUCACCUCUACAAAGAAACUCACAGUGCAGAGCAUGCAGUGUGUUUUGUUUUCACCUCACUGGGAAGUGCCGAACCCUACCUCUCAGCUUUAUCAAACUACCUGAAACAAACACCAAAAACAAACAACACUAAAGAUCCACAUACUGAUGAUGAAGACGAGGAACAAUGGUACACCUCAAAAGAAGUUUUAGAUGCAAUAAGUCACAAAGCAAAGCUCUUCAGUGACUUUGCAGAGGCCAACAAGGAGAACAAGAACAUUAAGUUCUUGACAGCUGGUUCAACAAAUGAGACACAGAAAGGUUCAAGCAUCUACCUUUAUGAAGAUGGCCGCUGUGUCAAUGAGAACUUUGAGCCGCCUUCAAAGCCUGAAACAGUGACAGUCACUGAAACAAACCACAAGAGUGUGACACUGAAGAUUUCUCCACCAAAGUUUGGAGCAGAGAACAUCACCUCCUACUCUGUUGAGUACUGUGUCAGUGGAGACGAUGGAUGGAAACAGAAGACAGCAUCAGAAGCUGAAGAAGUCACAGUGAGUGAUCUGAGUCCUAACACAGAGUACAUGUUCAGGUGCAGAGCAGUGACCUCAGCAGGUGUUGGACCAGCCAAUGAAGUCAGUGGUUCCAUUAAAACCUUACCCUGCAGCCCUCCUGGAAAACCUCAAGUUGAACCAACCUCAAGUGAGAUAUCAGUCAGCUGGGAGAAACCUGCUGAGGUUGGACAGAAUGUCCACAUUUUGAGCUACAUCGUGGAGUACGCCAACAAAGACAACAGCCUGACAGAGGAAGAUCUCCAAUGGAUCCAAAUAAUGACAAAAGCUGAGAAGGCGAUCAUUUCAGGUCUUCAGCCAGAGACAGAAUAUGUUGUCAGGGUCAGAUGUGAUUGUGGUGAAGCUGGAGGAAGCAAAGAAAGCAUCACUGUUACUGUCUGCACAACACAAGAUGUGCAGGUAUUACAAGACGUUCUGAAGGACUUAACUGGUCUAGAAAUCAGAUGCAAAGAUGCAAUUAACAGCACCACUGUGAAGCAGUUUCCACAGAUUGCCCAAAAAAUUGAAACUUUUAAAAAGCUGUGCACUGAAUACAAGCUGACCUUCCCACAGAGGUUGACAAUUCUGAGAGGAGAAUCGAAGGAGGCUGUGGUCAUGGACAUGAUGAAAAUGAGAAAUUCCUCUCCUUUCAAUGAGACAGAUCUGUGCAAGUGGAUGGACUGUAAAGAGAGGGAAAUCCACAUCCUAAAAUAUUUCACUGACAUCAUGCAAAACACAAAUAUUGUCCCUUCACAAGAUGCCUUUCAGAGGGAAAUUGUCAGUGCAGAGCAUGCAGUGUGUUUUGUUUUCACCUCACUGGGAAGUGCCGAACCCUUCCUCUCAGCUUUAUCAAACUACUUAACAGAGACACCCAAACCAGACGAACCUCGAGAUGCACAUACUGAUGAUGUAGAGAGGGAACAAUGGUACACCUCAAAAGAAGUUUUAGCUGCAGUAAGUCACAAAGCAAAGCUCUUCAGUGACUUUGCAGAGGCCAACAAGGAGAACAAGAACAUUAAGUUCUUGACAGUUGGUUCAACAAAUGAGACACAGAAAGGUUCAAGCAUCUACCUUUAUGAAGACGGCUUUUCAGUCAGUGAGAACUUUGAGCCGCCUUCCAAGUCUGAAACAGUGACAGUCACUGAAACAAACCACAAGAGUGUGACACUGAAGAUUUCUCCACCAAAGUUUGGAGCAGAGAACAUCACCUCCUACUCUGUUGAGUACUGUGUCAGUGGAGACGAUGGAUGGAAACAGAAGACAGCAUCAGAAGCUGAAGAAGUCACAGUGAGUGAUCUGAGUCCUAACACAGAGUACAUGUUCAGGUGCAGAGCAGUGACCUCAGCAGGUGUUGGACCAGCCAAUGAAAUCAGUGGUUCCAUUAAAACCUUACCCCGCAGCCCUCCUGGAAAACCUCAAGUUGAUCCAAAGUUAAGGGAGAUUAAACGUCUUGUUGAUGCUGUUAAAGAAAAAAGCAAACUGCCUAAACUCCAGACAGGGUCUCUGCUUGUUUAUAAAAUUCCCCUGAAAGAAGAACAAAUCAAUGUCACUGGGUGCAAGCGCUUUAGUUUGGGGAAAGAAAUAACUAAACCUAAUCGCACCAUUGUGGUUCUCGGAGCCACUGGUGCUGGAAAGUCAACUCUCAUCAAUGGGAUGAUCAAUUACAUUCUGGGUGUCCAAUGGGAGGAUUCAUAUCGGUUUAUGUUAGUUGAUGAGGGUCAGUCAAAAUAACAAGCUCACAGUCAGACAUCUGACGUCACUGUGUACAAACUCAACCACCAGGAGGGGUUUAAAAUAGAGCACUCACUGACCAUUGUUGACACUCCAGGGUUUGGAGAUACAAGAGGCAUAGAAAGAGACAAACAGAUCACAGAACAGCUCCGUAAUCUCUUCAAUCUCUUCAACACAGAAAUAUGUGUUUGAUUCUGUGCUCUCAAUCUUUGGCAAAGAUAUUGCAGAAAACAUCAGAGUUCUGGUGACGUUUGCAGAGGACCAGAAACCACCA